CAUGGCCCCGUCGUCCUAUUUACUAUUUAGUAGUGUUGCCUUCAUUUAUAGAGCAUAGCCCUCAGCCCUCUUCCAUCAUUCAUCAUCUCUCUCAAUUCUGGAAGCAAACUUUCAACAAAUCAUUCUUUCUCUGGGUUUCCUUGGCAAUUUUUGGGUUGCCUUUGCCUUUGUACAGAUGAAGACGAUGAAGAUGAGGAGGCGGAGGCAGGCGGUGGGAGGUCGUGGUGGAGGAGGCAGGUCGAUGGUGCAAGUGAAGGUGAAGAAGCUGCAAAUGUUGAUUCCAGGAGGGAGAAGGUUGAAGGCGGACCGGCUUUUUCUUCAAACCGCGGAUUAUAUACUUCAGCUGAGGUUGCAACUUAAUGUUUUGCAAGCGCUUUCCAAGAUUUACAAGCUAUGAGAGUCUACUUGUGAAUUUGUGAUGCCAUGCAUUUCGACCUUAAUUGGUUUUAUUAAAUUAUGUAUGAUGGUAAUUAAACGUUUGUUAUUUCUCUUAAUAUAUAUUAAUUUUCCUCCAUGCCUGUUUUAUAUAUGUAUGG